AUGGUUCCAAUAUCUAGAACCAUGAAUGUACAACAAAUUCCUGAGGAAGUCCGUGGCAGCACAGAUGUACCGGAAUCGGAUGUUGUUCAAGCAUGCAGAAGAUUGUUGGGAGAGAGACAGAGCCCAAAUGUGUUGCGGUUUCUUGAAGCGAUAAAUGGGAGACCGGAUAUUAGCGAGGGCUUGAGGAGACUACAGUGUCGAUCCUUGAUAUUUGUUGGAGAAAACUCUCCUUUCCACUUUGAGGCUCUCCAUAUGACUUCGAAGCUAGACAGAAGAUUCAGUGCCUUAGUUGAGGUUCAAUCAUGUGGUUCGAUGGUCACUGAAGAACAACCGGAUGCCAUGUUAAUACCAUUGGAAUAUUUUCUCAUGGGUAACGGUUUCUACAGGCCGUCUCAAUGCAAUGUCAGCCCGAGAAGCCCCUUGAGUCCAACUAGCAUCUCGCCCGAGCUUUUCUCGCCAGAAAGCAUGGGAUUGAAGCUAAAACCAAUCAAAACUAGAAUUCCUGCAGAAGUCUAAGUGAAGAUGGUAAGCAAGUUUUUGUAAUCUCAUGUACACGUGUCAUUAGAAGAAUGUCGUAGGUCGAGAAAGUUACAAGACGGUUGUAGAUAACAAAAAGAAAUGAAAGACAUACAGGACAAAAGGGAUAAAUUUUUUCUUAUUUGUAAGCACAAGUAUUAGUUAAGAAUUAGAGAGUGAUCUGUACAAUAUUUGAAUAAUCAUUGUUUAUGACAAUAAAGCAGGCAAGAAUAAUAAAAGGUAGGAGAAGUUUUUCUAACUUUUA